UGACAUGCGCAGUACUGAUAAUGUCAGACAUAAAAAGCUAAACAUUGCAUUUUAGCCAUUGUGAAAAAUCAUCUCAAAUCGUUAUUAUUAUUUUUUUUUCUUGUGUCCAAGAAGCCACAUCAAGGAGUAACUGCAUUCGUACGACCUUUUACCAAAAUUGAAAGUGAGACCUUCCGGUCCUGCUCCAGAAAUAAGGAAUUUAACCUCUUUGGAAACCCCGAGUGUUAAAUGGUCUUGGAAAUGUACCCAGCAACCGAAAAUAAUUCGGGGACGGUCCCUGCUUUUCUAUCCAAACUAUGGACGUUAGUGGAAGAUCGUGCCUACGACGACCUCAUCAGUUGGGGAAUGAAUGGCAAAAGCUUCCAUGUCCAUGACCAAGUGAGAUUUGCAAAGGAAAUAUUACCAUUGUACUUCAAACACAACAACAUUGCCAGUUUUAUUCGGCAACUGAAUAUGUAUGGCUUCCGAAAAGUGAUUAAUUUAGAGCAAGGCUCUCUCAAGACAGAGAAGGAUAAUUUACAGUUUCAACAUAAUUAUUUUGUGAAAGGCAAAGAGAACUUGCUGGAAUUAAUUAAAAGAAAAGUACCCAAUGUAAAAAUUGAUGCGACAAAACUUAAUCCUGAAGAAUUAGGGAAGCUUUAUACUGAUGUAAAAAUGUGGAAAAAUAAACAAGAUCACAUUAAUGCUAAAUUGGAAACCAUGAAAAGACAGAAUGAUGCAUUGUGGAGGGAAGUGGCAUCACUGCGACAGAAACACAAGCAGCAGCAGCAGAUAGUGAACAAACUUAUCCAACUGCUGGUGACUUUCAUCCAACACAACCGAGGUUUACCAAAUGUCAAAAGACAGCUGCCAAGAAUGAUUGAGGAUGCUUCAGAACCUCAAGAAACAGUUGUAGUGCCUGCCAAGAGAGCUUGUUUUCAGAAACAGCUCUCUAUUGAAGAGAAUGGAGAUCUCCCAACUUCACAAACAGCUCAAGUUGUCGAACACUGUCUAUCGCCUAAUGUAACGGCAGUGGAAGAAAUACCAUAUCCAGGGAUUAUGGAAAGUAUCACUGAUGUAUUUGAUGAGACACCAUGUAUUUAUCCAACAAUCAUUGAAUUGGGAGAGAAUGAAGAACCACAGAAUGAAGAUAAUCAUCAGCUACAAGAAGUAUCUCCCAGUGAGGAAGCUUUAUUAAACAAAGAUGUAGUUCUCAGUGGAAAUACUACUCCAAAACAUGUAAUGCUGACGGAACCUGAUACUACCAGCCAAGACCUUAUUCUUAUAAACCCAGAAGCUGAACGGUUUUGUGACAUAGUGGACCCAAUGAAACAUGAAGCUCUGGCUGAACAACUUGAUUCAAUACAAAAUGAUUUGGAUGGUCUCCAAGGAAUGCUAUCAGAUUCUAGUUCCACCUACAACUUGGAUACCAAUACUUUAUUGUCUCUUUUCAGUCAAGACACUCCAACUGGAUGGCAAGAUUCGCUCCUGACUACUUUUGAUGAUCCUAAAGAUGAGGAUAAAACAGAGAAAGCAAAAGGUAAUGAACUGAUUGCAUAUCCACAAGAAGAUCUCUCCUCUUGGCUGGUCGAUUCUCCAUCUGCUAGCAGUGAAUUAAAUGAUGAUAUAGACAGCACAAUUGAUGCGACCUCCUUAGAUACUCCUGAUUGCAAUUUUGACAAAGAUUUGGACUUUCCAUCCUCUUCAGGCAAGAGAAAAAGUAAACGACCAAUGCGAAUUAUUUUGUCAUAACCAGGAAUGUACGUUUUUGGGAAGUCUUUAGGUCUGGUGGAAGGAAACAAGAAGAAAGGAACCUUUUUUCUCUAGCGUCCACUCUGUAACCAAACAGUUGUCGGUAAAGAUAAAGAAACAAAUGCUAACCAAUGUAACUGGGUUUGCUGACUAGAAGAAAGCUGAUGGCAUAAAUUAUAUAGGCUGGAAUUUAUAAUCCCCACCAGAAAAGAGAACUUUAGAUGUGCUCAUUAGCUUCUCCUCUGCACCCUCAUAAAAGACACAUUUUCUGUCUGUCUACUUAAAAACCUCCAAAUCUGCGUUGGAGAAGAUUGGCAUUAGGUUUACUUUACUACUAAUGUAUGUAUGUAUCAUAUCAGUAGGCCUACUAAUUCCUGCCUUCAGUAAUCACUGAGGUGCAUCUUCUGCAUUUACUGGAGUUACUUGCCAUCAAAUGCAAUAUAUAUAUACAUAUACAAGAAAAGAAAAAAAAAAAAA